AUAUUGAGCUGUGGAGUUUAUAUAGGGGUCUUUUCCCUCUCCGAUCAGGAAAUUUUAAUUCCCAUUUUUAAUCAAGGUUGUAUUUACUUUCCUUUUUGGAUAGUCCUAUUGUAAUUAGGACUUCUUUCCUGAUCACAUAAAUCUUCCUACACAGACACAAGUUUCUAUUUUAAAAUAUUACCGCAUUCUUUCUCGCACCGUUCUCAUUACUCUCUGGUUCUCCUUCUCCAGAAUUACUGAGUCACUAUUUCACUCUUCAUACCAUUCGCACCGUUAAGAGCCGAACUUUCUUCAUACCUUUCACUCCUCGUACAAUUCCCACCAUCAAGAACCAAAUUUUGAUCGCACCCUCCAAGCCAACUGACCUUUCCCAGCUCUUCCCCAAUAGAACAACUCAAAUUUCUGAGAUUUCACGCUCCUCAUUCUACACACAACCAGACCCACAACCAAUUGGCACAGACCCAUCAACAUUCUGUUCAGACCUCUCACUCUCUCAGUCUCUUUCCUCUCCAACCAUCACCUGCCACGGUAGACGAUACCCACCUCCGCCACCACAGAUCAACCCAAAGGGUUAAUAAGACAGCUUUUGUUGAAACUACUUGUGGAAAAAUUGAUGAUUGAAGAUGGGAGAGUACUGUAAAGUCAAGCCUGAAGGAGGAUAUGGGUCCCUUUCUUUAGACUAAUUCACUUUUUCAUCCAGCAUUGCAUACCAUCUGCGAGCAGCAUCUCUUGUGAUCAGUCAUGCAGGGCUUAAUCUAACACCUAUGGGUUGUACUACAUCAAUUGGUAUCCAAAGCCAGGCCUCAAUUUCGCUUGUGUCUACUCUUUGACAUGGCACCCCAAACCAUGGCCAGCCUCGUGGAACAACGUCAUGAGUUCCAAGACAAAGUUUCUGACGAUAUCACCUGCAUUGAAACCCAACUCUCCAAGCUCAGCGCUGAACAAAAAGAAGAGUUGGUACAGGUUCAAAAACAUCUUGCAACGACAGACCUUGCCAUCAACAAACUCCAAGACUCUGUUCAGAUGCUUAUCAAUCACUUUCGGGCUGGAGCGGUGGAGCCUUCUUCUACCUCAGCAGCGCUCUCGAGUUCGUCUACACCGCUGCCAAAAGGUGGCAUUCUGCCCAAUCCACCGGUGGAUCAAAAACUCAAGGCCGUGCCAUACGGCAUGCAGCAUACCUCAACCGGUCUCUAGCUCGGCACGCCCAAGGCUCAAUUGGAGCCCCUCUUUUCUUUUGGGUUUAUGUCGCCGCCCCAUUGUAGCCAGCACACAGCGGGCCCUCCUCCAGCAACUACUCAGGCUCCUACCCCGCCACCCGUUCCACAUGAUCAGUACACUCAUCUCCCUCACCAUUUUGACAACAAUGUCAUCCGCCACAUCAGGCCUACCGCUUCUACUUUUGAUGUUCUUGAUUGGGUUCAAGCCAUGGAAGAUUAUUUCGACUGGUUCAACUUGACGGAUGCUCAUGACGCUACGGGGAGCCGCUAGAUUAUAUUGGAAUUCCAUGGAGGAGCAACUCUAUCAAUUUGGAAGGCUGCCUGUGACUCUAUGGAACGAGAUGAAAUUCAAGCUUCGCGAACAAUAUGUUCCCACCUUUUAUCUAGAGCAAUUGUUUGAUCAAUUAUGGACCAUUUCCCAAGGAAAUUUGACCGUUACUGAAUUCCAUGCUCGUUUUAUUAAACAGAAAAAACGUGCAGGGAUUCAUGAAGAACCAGGAAUCACUGUGUCGCGCUUUAUCCAUGGUCUUCAUGACGAUAUUAAACAUGAAGUCUGUCGGUUUGAUCCUCAUUGUUUGGAAGAUGCAGAUUGCCAUGCAUUGGAAGCUGAAGCAUAUUUGCAGCCUCAACAUUCGGGGUAUUCUGGCCAGCCUGCAACCGCCAACCAAACUCUUCCCACUACAGGGUCACGGAGCAUGUUUGAGACAUUGCGGCUUGGUAAGCCCUUAAUUUUGGUGGUGAAUGAAGAUCUGAUGGACAGCCAUCAAAGUGAGUUGGCAGAAGAACUAGCAGAGAGGAAGCAUUUAUACUAUGCUCGCCCACAGACACUUUGUCGAACUAUAGCAAAUAUGAAUUUGGAUUACCUCAUUCCAUAUCCAGGUGAUGGCACACCAGUUGCCAAGCUUAUCAAUAGGUUUCUUGGUUUUUCAGAUGAUUGAUGGAAGUGUAAAGAAUUAUUACUUGAAUCGAUUGUAUCAAUGCUAGCUCUACUCUUUUGCAUGCAA